UUGUGCCUUGUUUCCAACACAAAGUUUGAAAGCAAUGCAGGUCUUCUCUGACCUCUGAAUUUUGUCCUCCCAUGAAGGACACUUUCUGAUUCCAAUUGCCUCUACACUCUCUCUUGUGUUGCAUUUGCAUUUCCAUUUCCACCGAUGGCUGCUCUCACUUCUCUGUCUUUCUCAGCAGUGACUCAAUGUUCAGAAAGAAAAGUAACUCUGUCCUCAACUCGUUUCCUUGCUUCUAGUUCCCAGCUCUUUGGUUUUCGGACCCAUUUCUCAUACCAUUAUGUGGGUGUUCGAGCUUCCAAUUCAACAUCUAAGAUGGUUAUUCAAUGCAUGUCUUCUGUGACAGAUGUUCCCACUGUUUCUGAGACAAAGUUAAAUUUCCUUAAGACAUAUAAGCGACCAAUUCCUAGUAUCUACAACACUGUGCUGCAGGAGCUCAUUGUCCAGCAACAUUUAAUGAGAUACAAGAGAUCAUAUCGUUAUGACCCUGUAUUUGCUCUUGGUUUUGUCACUGUAUAUGAUCAACUCAUGGAAGGGUAUCCUAGUGAUGAGGACCGAGAUGCCAUCUUCCAAGCGUACAUUCAGGCAUUGAAGGAAGAUCCAGCAGAAUACAGAAAAGAUGCACAAAAGUUGGAAGAGUGGGCUCGGGCUCAAAACUCAACUUCCCUGGUUGAGUUUUCAUCCAAAGAAGGAGAAGUUGAAGGGAUUUUAAAGGAUAUUGCAGAAAGAGCAAGAGGAAAGGGAGAAUUCAGUUAUAGUCGUUUCUUUGCAGUAGGCCUCUUUCGUCUUCUUGAGUUGGCAAAAGCAACUGAACCAACAAUUUUGGAAAAGCUUUGUGCGGCUUUGAACAUUGACAAAAGAAGUGUUGAUCGAGAUUUGGAUGUGUAUCGUAAUCUGCUUUCCAAGUUGGUUCAAGCAAAAGAGCUGCUAAAGGAAUAUGUUGCAAGGGAGAAGAAGAAAAGAGAAGAAAGGGCUGAACCACAAAAGGCUAAUGAGGCCAUUACAAAAUGUUUAGAAUUGUCUGGUCUGUAGUUUUGGUCCUCUGAAACGACCUCCUAGUGAAGAUUUCGUAUCCUUGACAUGCUUUUUCUUGAGCCUGGCACUUUCUAUCAGCUUGAUUUUGCACUCUGUACUGAGUGUAAAUUGUAAUCUUCUGUCACGGUGAUCCACCUUAAUUCUUGUUUCACUAAAAGACCCACAAUUAAUUCAUCCGUCCAACACGAUUACAAGUAUUAUUUUUCUCCUCGCAGUCACAAAUGUAUUUUGUAGUUCUCAAACACUAGCCCGAAGGCAUAUAUUCUGGCUAUCCCUGAAUUUUUCAUAUUUCAGUGUUUGCAUGUGUUUAUAUAUAUAGUGGGAAAAAUAUUUCUCAAUCAGCUUGAGAUAAGUUUAUCUCUGGCUAUCUCAAAACUACUAUGUCGUUUUAUUUAUUUAUUUCCUUAUAUCAAUUGAUUCAACUUUGAAUGGUUA